UUUUCAAUCUGACUGAGAGCGGUUCCAACAUGGAGGAAGUUCCAAAAAUUACGGAUCUACACAAAGUGAUCCAGCCACACCUGCCCGAGGGAACUACACUGGAGACAUAUUCCAGUCGCUACUUAACAAAGCCUGGGGACAACUAUGGCAGCGUCAUGCUGGCCAUUCAGGCACAAAUCAAGGAUAAAGAUUCGAAAGUUCGGGAGUUGUCGCUGAUAGCGAAGCUGCCACCAGUCACCAAUGAUAUUUACUGGCAAAUCUUUCAGCCAGAAAGAACCUGCAUCACAGAGAAUGCUGUCUAUAAGUAUUUGGCAUCCGAAUUGAAUCAGCUUCAACUUAAAGCUGGCAUCUUGCCCGCCAAACUCUUCGAUGCCUUUCCCCGCUACUAUGGAUCCCGCAUCUCGCUGAACGACAGCGCCACCAAGGUGGACAGGGAUGCCGUACUUGUGCAGGAAAAUGUAACAGUAAACGGCUAUAGGCCCGGCAACCGUUACAAGCCCUAUGAUAUGGCGCACACUGUGCUCAUUCUCCACUACUUGGCGCAGUAUCACGCGCUGCCAAUUGCCUUGAGGCUAAAGAAUCCUCAGAAGUACGAGGAGUUCGUGAGGCCCUACUUUAAGAAGUUCGACAUGAACCUUAAUAUUUCGCCCAAAGAAAAAGAAGUGAUGAACACUGAGCUCCUAGCCGACAUCAAGACUGCGGCAAAUGGCAAUGAAACUGAUGUGAAGCGCGUCAAAGAGUUGCUGGACAAAUUCGAUGAGUUUCAGGCUGGCAAGGAUGUGGCGGAUGGCCCUUACACCACGCUCGUGCACGGAGAUUUGUGGAUUAACAAUUUAAUGGUGAAAUAUGACGAUGAUGGCGUUCCGAUCAAGCUUAAAAUUGUCGACUUUCAAAUUGCUCAGUAUGGAUCGCUGGUGCACGAUAUAAUAUUUUUACUAUUCUCCAGUGUGGAAACCAAAGUUUUGGAGGAGAACUACUACCAACUGCUGAGAGUCUACUACAAUGCUUUUAUUAAAGCCUUGCGCAAAGUCGAUGUGGAUGUUAAUAGCUAUAAAUAUGAAACAUUCCUCGAUGAAGUGCAAAAACAAGCACAUUUACAGCUGCCCCAUGCCAUAUUUAUGAUGAAAGUUAUCUUGGCCGACAGCAGCACACUGCCAACAGACUACAAAGAUGUAGACCUCACGGUUCUGACCAAGAACACUGGAGCUAAGGACAUUGUAGUUAAGUUUGGCGAGAUCUUGAGAUUGGGCAAAAAGUUUAAUUUAUUCUACUAAGUCAUGGCGGAUAGGCUGCUUCUAAAGACAGUCAUAAUGAUAUCAAAUAAACGACACCUUACGUUCUGUUA